AUGGAAUGUGCUGCUGUGGCCCCCUGGCUGAAGUGGGCUGUGAAGGAAGCACGGGGGCAUAAUGUCAUCGCCUUCCCAGCGGCCCGGCUGUUUGAGACCAAACCCAGGGCUGGGUCUUCGUCUUGGGAACAAAGCCCCUUUAUAAGAAGAGCGGUCAAACGAGCCAGAGCAGUUCGCAAAAGGUUGACCCACGUCACUGAAGCAGCAGCGGCUUUCUCCAUGGAAGCUCCCGCGGACAAUCUGAGCAUUGAAAACGAAGUCAGAGGGGAGGCGGAGGAGCCAGGAGGUGCCGAGAAGGAUGCUGCACAGUCCAAGGCUUCCGAGGAGCCAGCUCCAAACAGGGCCGGAGGUCUGGAAGCUGGUACCAUUGAGGAGGCUGCAGCCUCGUGUUGUCCUAUUGCCACCGAACGCCCAGCUGUAGCGGCUUCUCAGCCACCAGGAAUGGAGCGCUCAACAUACUUGGAACCGCAGACUUUGGUGACCGUCGGGACCCCACAGUCUUCCCAAUCACCGGCCCCCGAGCUGCACUCCCAGCGUACCCCCAAAGCCUCGAUCGCUGAAAUGGACUGCCUCAUCUGCUUCAACCGGUACAGUGCUUCCCGGCUGCCCAAACUUCUGGCCUGCCACCACGCCUUCUGCGCUGUCUGCUUGAAGCUCAUCUUGAAGAACGAGGACCACACCUGGAUCAUCGCCUGCCCUCUCUGCCGAAAGUCCACCGUCGUCUUCGGCGGCCUUAUCUGCAGCCUCCGGGACAAAGAGGACAUCUUGGGCCGGCUGGAGAGCCCUGACCCGGAGGCCGAGGUGCCGUGCCCCCCGCACCCUCCGGGCAUGAUGCAAGCAAACCGCCGGUCCAGCUCCGAAAACCGAGAACCGCAGCGCAACCAGGCGGCCAGCAAGAGACUGAUGCUGCUGUUGCUUCUGGUGACUUUGCUGCUGCUGCUCAUUCUCCCUUUCAUGUACACGGGGAUGCUGCAGUGGGCGUUGUGUGGCGUGGUGGCCUUGGGGCUCAUCGUGUCGGGGGUUCUUUGCUGCAACCCUCGCUGGAAUUGCUCGGAUUGCUCGUUGCCACCUUGGAGGAAAAAGGAGCGCCACGUUGCGUCUGUCGCCUGAAAAGACCUGAGCCUUUUGACCACAAGAGAUGUGCAGGGGAGGGUUCGCAAAGGCUGGGUCUCCUUGGAGUGAGCCACGGAUAGUACUGGAAACGAAGCAACUGGGGGGGGGGUGAACUCCUUGUC